AUGCUAAGCCCGGAACGUCGUCCCUCUGUUGCUGAACGGAGGCCCCAUUUUCUCAGUUUCUCAUCUCAAAAUGGUUGCCCACUGGUUGUGCCCCACCUCGCUGGGAUUGAAGACCCUUUACCAGAGUCGACGCCAGACAAAGUCGAUGUGCUAAUUGUUGGAACGGGAAUGGUUGAAAGUGUCCUUGCGGCAGCACUGUCAUGGCAAGGUUCGAAUGUUCUGCACAUUGAUAAAAAUGAUCAUUAUGGUGACACCUCUGCGACUAUGACAGUAGACCAAACCAAGAAAUGGGUUAAAGAAGUGAAUGAUGGCAAAUUUUCAAACUGUUACACAAAUGCAAAGUUAUAUGUUUCCGCAAUAAUUGGGAGUGGUGACAGAGGAUUCAGUUCAAGGGAUUUUGGCCUAGAUCUGGCUCCCAAAAUUCUAUUUGCUAAAUCAGAUUUACUCUCUAUUCUGGUUAAAUCAAGAGUACAUCAAUAUUUGGAAUUCCAAUCAUUAUCGAGCUUUCACACUUAUGAGAAUGAUUCUUUCGAGAAAUUAACAAAUACAAAGCAAGAGAUAUUUACAAACCAAAAUUUACCUUUAAUGACAAAACGUAACCUGAUGAAAUUCAUUAAAUUUGUCCUUAAUUGGGAGGAGCAGCCAGACGUCUGGGAAUCUUACGCAGAAAGACCAAUUUGUGAAAUGCUGAUCGAAAAAUUCAAGUUAGAAAGACCCCAAGUAUUUGAGUUGAUGUUUUCAAUUGGAUUGUGUUACAACAUGAGCGCUAAAACUCCUGAAGUCUUGCAAAGAAUUCGCCGUUACUUGAGUAGUUUUGAUGUUUAUGGUCCAUUUGCAGUGCUAUAUUCAAAGUAUGGAGGACCUGGCGAAUUAUCACAAGGUUUCUGCAGAUCAGCUGCUGUGGGGGGUGCAACUUAUAAAUUAAAUGAAUCUUUGGCAUCUUUCGACCCAAGCACGAAAACGGCCACUUUUGAAGAUGGUUCAAAAGUUACUGUCUCGGAAAAACUGGUAAUAUCACCUACUCAAGCUCCCAAGUAUAGCCAGAAUAUUCCCGAACAAAAAUAUGAAAUACACAGACUCACAUGCGUCGUCGGAAAAAGCUGCGAGGAGUGGUUUAGUGAAGGCGAAUCGGCCGCUGUAGUUGUAUUCCCCCCAGGAUCCCUAAAGUCUGGUAAUCAGAAUGUGGUUCAGGCUUUCAUUUUGGGGCCUGGAAGUGAAGUUUGUCCUCAGGAGACAAGUGUUUGGUAUCUUUCGACUACCGAACAGGGUCCUCGCGCCGAGAUGGACUUGGAUGCAGCGCUGGAAGCCAUGGAAACAAGCAUAGUUAGGGAAUCAUCAAGUGAUCUGGAGAACGACGAGUCCAUUGUUCAAUUUGGACCAAAUGGAGAAACAAUGAUCAACUCCGUUAAACUGGGACAAUCCUUCAAAGAGUACAUUCCAAGAGAAAGGCUCCAGUUUCUUUUGAAGCUUUAUUACACUCAGUACACUUCUACUCCACCUUUUUCAGUGGUCGAUCCAUCAUUUUUUGAUAUCAAUGACGAAAAUAGCAAGAAACUAAUAACGGGUGCCAGCGAUAAUGGGGUCUUGUAUACUGCUAUGCCCUCUGCCGAAAUAUCAUACGAUGAAGUAGUUACUGCCGCCAAAUUGUUAUAUGAGAAAAUCGUGGGAAGUGAUGAUGACUUCUUCGAUUUGGACUUUGGUGAUGAUGACGAUGUCCCGAUACACAAUGCAAAUUACGAAAAUGCAAUCGAGGAUGAUGAUGACGAUGAGGACAACGAUGUAGAUAUGAACUUUGACGUUAACAGGCAGGGAACCACAGAACUAGUUGGCGAAAUGGAAAUAUGA